GGUCACGCGCGGACGGGCGACCGCUCGACCGGCGAUAACCGUUCCAAGAAGACGCGACCACCACCACGACCAGAGUGAGAGAGAGAAGAAGAACAACAACACCGAGGUGACUGAAGGAUCACGCGGAGGAGGAGAGCCCUCGAGGCCGGCGUCGAGGAGGAGGAGGAGGGAGUGAAUAGGAGGAGGAGGAGCUAGCGGCGGCGGCGGCGGCGGCGUGGGAGCGUGCGCACCGGGGCCGGGCUGAGUGCAAAAUCGGUGCGCACGGCCCCAACGCGAUCGCCGCCCCGCCCGGAACCUCAUUGGCAGUAGCAGCGGCGGCAGCGGCAACAACAGCAGCAGCGACACAAGAAGCAUAAGAAGAAUUAAAGCAAACAAAGGACGCCGUGACCCGGUUACGUGUUCGUCGGCAUCUUUGUGUGUCUUGCUUGAGCCUCGUUUUGGAGGCGGCGGCGUCACUCGUCUGUCGCUUCGGUCGAGCCGCGGCGAGGUCGGCAACAAAGGAACGCCUGGAGCAAGUUUCCUCGAUCGCUAUUCAUCGUCGUCCGUCCGUCCCUCUUCAUCUGGGUGACUUGGCUCAGCACGGCGGAGUUGUCCGUCGGCACGAACCGCUCGAUUAGCGAAGAACAGGAAGCGGCGGCGGCGGCAACAACGAACGAAACCUUCGUCCUCUUCCUCCACUGCCUUCAUUCGUCUCCAUCGUCUCGUGUGCUCCUCCAACCGAUCCGAUCGUCGUCCAUUCCAUCGGUGAAGCACGAAGACCAAGGAGGGGGCAACCAUGAAUCCGAACCGAGCUCGCCUGAUGUGCAUGCUGGCGCUCACCAUCGCCUUCUUCUUCGUGGAGCUGGUGGUGAGUCGCAUCACCGAGUCGCUCGCCAUGCUGUCCGACUCGUUCCACAUGCUGUCGGACGUGAUCGCACUCUGCGUGGCCCUGGUGGCCGUCAAGUUCGCCGAGCGAACCGAGUCCACGAGCAAGAACACGUUCGGAUGGAUCCGCGCCGAGGUGAUGGGCGCCCUGGUAAAUGCGGUCUUCCUCACGGCGCUUUGCUUUACCAUCGUGCUGGAGGCCAUCGAACGCUUCACCGAGCCACGCCGCGUCGAUCAGCCCCUGCUCGUUCUGGGCGUGGGUCUCGGUGGCCUCCUCAUAAACCUCAUCGGGUUGUGCAUCUUUCGUGGCCACAGUCACGGACACGGACACAGUCACGGUGGGCACGGACACGGGCACGGGCACGGCAAGAGCAAUGGCUGGAAGAAGAACUCGAGCGAGGAGCGUGCCAACCCCGGGGAGACGUCGCAGUUCAUCCAGUCCGUGGGUGCCGCCGAGCAGGCGACGCGCAUCGUCCCCGACAAAGACGCCAUGGGGGAUGUCAAGUUGGCGUGCUCGGAACCUUUGCCACAUGUCAACGGCAACCUGCAGAAUGGCGAUAUGGCGACCGUUCUGGAUCUGGAGAUGGCAGAGGAGUCUGCUUCCCAGAUGAAUAUGCGUGGUGUGUUCCUGCACGUACUGGGUGAUGCCCUCGGCUCUGUGGUGGUCGUGGUCAAUGCAAUUUUGUAUCACUUUUUCCAGGAUACCUGCGCUUCUGGCGAAGAAAGAUCCUGUUGGGUCUAUUACUUAGACCCCAGCUUAUGUUUGGUGAUUGUUUUCAUUCUUUUGGGCACCACAUUCCCCCUGCUGCGCGAGUCGGCACUGAUCCUUUUGCAGACGGUGCCCAAGCACAUCGAUGUGCGGGUGUUGACGGAGCGACUGCGCAAGAUCGAAGGCGUGCUAGCGGUGCACGAACUGCAUGUGUGGCAGCUUGCGGGAAGCCGCAUCAUCGCUACGGCGCACAUUAAGUGCCAGGGCCCGGCCUCCUACAUGGAGACUGCAAAGCUUAUUAAAGCUUUCUUUCACAAUGAAGGCAUUCAUGCCACCACUGUGCAGCCCGAGUUUGCAGAUGAUGGCCUCUCAGGUUCGCGUAUGGCUCUCUGCGACCUAUCCUGCCAAACGCAGUGCGCGCCUAAGCUUUGCUGUUCUACCGGUAAAGUGAUGGCUGGUGACUGGAACGGACAGCAGCAGUCUGGACCUGGAAACGGCAACAACCUCGAGACUAUCCGAGAGACACCAGAGCCCAACCGGGAUUCACCUGCGCACUGUGAACUGAAGGAGGGAGACGAAAUCAGCAUUGACAUCAAACCUGCCUCUGUGGAGGAUAAAGUGGGAACAGAGAGCGAAAGCCAGAUGUAACGUGUAUAUUUGGAAAGUCACUUUUAUCCAUUGGUUAUGUGAACGUAUGUACAGGUUCAUGAUGAAGAGUAGGCUUAACUUUGCAUUGUACCAAUUCAUUAACAAUACAAUUGGUAAGGUUAUUGACAGUAGAUCAGCAGAGCACAUAUUUAUAAAGUUUUCCUUUGGAUAAUUUGUAUGAAUGCAGAACUCAUUCGACGAUGCCAAGUUUAGCCUAUUUCAAGGUUUUUUUCAUGCCGUUGUGAACGCUGUGGGAUUUGAGUGGUAAAGUGGGUGGCACUUCAUCAGAAAUGGGAGACGCAGCUCCACUGUGACAGAAUGGUCACUACUGUGCACAAAGGAAUUGUGAUGUGUUUUGUCAUACUUCAACUUAACUACAUCUUGUAUCCAUUUGUGGAUCUCCAAACAUCACUCAAUGCAAUUAGAGUACUUGUAAUUUAAGUAUAUAUUGCCUUUGUAUUUAGAUUUUUUUGUUUCAUUGUUACAGUUUCACUAGUUUUGUGAAUACUUGACUAAUAACAUUUGAAUGCCAUCGUUUGGGUUAUUGCUCUCUUUAUUACCAGCAGUGCACAGUAACAUUUCAAGAAUGUUUCUGUUCACAUUGGCUUUUUUAGUGUGGAUCAUCAGUUGCAUAACACCACGGCAAAUGGUCACAGUAUUACGCGCUGUGACGGUUGAUUCAUUUUUAAGAACAGAAACUUACAUUGUGCCAUGCUGUUUGUCUUUGAACAGUAGUAGCAUAAAGUACAAUCCGUUUUCUACCAAGUUUAGCUUAUGCUUGCAGUGGUGUGGCAGAGGCCUCUUGCCAGUAGUGAUUAAUAUUGCUUUAGAGGCUUCUUGCACUCUUGGUGCUUUUGCAAGCUUGACCGUGCAUGCAGCUUUUAGGACUAUGAACCAGGUACUCUCCUGAGCAAAAAUUUGAUUUUGGAAAUAACAUGAAGUCAAUUAUAGCAAUGGAAACUGGAUAUUUGCCUCCGAUUUUUAUACGUAAAAAAAUAGUUAAUGACAUUACCUUUUGCCCAAAAAAGAGUUAAUUUUGCAUAAGCAAAAGUAGACGUGUUUCUGAUAAAUGGUGAUUAUGCCAUGUGUCGGUCAUUUUUUUAUUGACUAAAGUGGGGGAACCACCAUUUUGAGAGAAUUUUGUUUCCCUCAGUCUAUCCAACAAUUGUAAACUUAAAGAUAGUAUUAAAAACAUACCAUUGUUGUGUACUUGCUCUUUUACUUGAAUUUUCACUUAAGAAAUUUGUGUUUGGAUUCUUAUUCAUUAAACAUUUAACUUUGAUAUUUGUACCGAUUACAUUGUUCAGCUAAUCGGAUUUUAAAGGAGUUUACUUAAUGUUGACUUAAAUAUAGGCCAAACAAUGUUUUUUUUGCUUACAGUGAUUAUAUUUCCAUAACGCUAUUUAUUUGGCCUAUUCCGUGAUUGGUUUGUGUUACUCGGUUACCCAUUAAAUGACGUUUAAAGAAAUUAAAGCAUUAUUUGAGCUCGUUUGCCUUUUUCUCCCAUUGAAACUGGACGAAUGGCACUUGCCACAUUUCCACUUAUGAAUGCAUGCUAAUUGCGAGGUAGAGAAUAAAAAAAACAUCUACCCUUUAAAUUAAUAAUAAUUACAGCUUAUAUAGCACAUUGCAUAAAAUCUCAAGUAAUGGACUAAUCAGUACAACGGCCCAGGUCCACUGAUGUCAACAUUUGAAUGUGAUUACAGAGGAGGCCUUAUUUGCCUCGUUCACAUAAAAAUGUAUAUUUUGUGAGUGGUGAAAUAAAUGUGUCUAAAUAUGCAAAAGCAAAGUUUUACAAAAAGGGGAGAUUUCCUGUGGAUUUCACUGCAAACACAUCUGAGUGAAUAGUCAUAAAAGCUGGACUUCGGUUUUACUAUAAAAAAAAUCACAUUUGCCCUCAUUUACGAGUGGCAGCUAUAUUGUGUAUUUGAAUAAUUUGUAUUUCUUAGUAUUUUGCGUGGUUGGGUGAAAAUUUACUAUUCAGUGUUCUGAUUGUUGUGUAUGUUAUGCAAAUUUUUUAAACGGCAUUGUUUUAUUUGUCUACACUACUUUAGCUGUUUGUAGCUGGUUCUUGAAUUAUAUUUUUGUGUAUAGCUCUUUUUCCAUUUCUAAAAACAAUCGCUAUAACCUUGUCUUUUUAGAUUCAUACCUCAUUAAAGUGCGCUUUAAAAUUACCACUUGUAAUUUCAUGCUGUUUUAUCAUUUCGUGCCAUUCAGCACACCAUCUGCAACAGCUCAGGCUGAUUUAGAAGAUGCAUGGUUUGUAUCGUUACCUAAUACUAUGGUGGCUAAUCCAAAAUAAAAAUUAUAGACAUG